UUUUUCCUUUUUUUUUUUAAUAACCUCACCAAAGCCAUCACUUUGACUCUUUAUCAACUCUCUCUUCUUCCAAUAUCCCAUAAUUCAUUGAUGUUUCUAUUUGCCCAAAUUACUAUACUUGUCAGUUGUCCAAAGUAGCUAAUAAUGGCUGUGGAACUAAUGAUGGAUUACAGAAACACUAGGAAUUGUACUUUGGUGACGGCCAACUUGGAAGAAAAAACAGUUGUACAAGAAGCUGCUUCUGGUCUUGAAAGUGUUGAAAAACUCAUAAGAUUGUUAUCUCAGACUCAGUCUCAACAAAUACAGCAGCAAAAACAGGGAUAUUUAGAGCAAAAGAACUCCCCUAUGGAAAUUGAAAUGGUGGCUGACGCUGCUGUUACAAAGUUCAAGAAGGUAAUUUCACUUCUAGAUCGAAACAGAACUGGCCAUGCUAGAUUUAGAAGAGCCCCUGUGGCUUCUUCUCCUUGUCAAAAUCCUAGUAAAGAUUAUGUUGACACUAAAGUGUAUUCUCCUACUCCCAUCCAACAAAUCCCUUUAUGUCAACAACUCUCUCUGGUUCCAAAGACCAUUAGUUUCUCUUAUUCUCCGGAGAAUACGUCUCGUACGAACUCGUUCAAUAUCUCAACGUUAACAGGAGAAACAGAGAGCAAGCAACAAUCUUCAUCUUCAGCUUUCCAGAUUACCAAUCUUUCUCAGGUCUCUAAUUCUGCUGGAAAGCCUCCUUUGUCUUCUUCUUCCCUGAAAAGAAAGUGCAGUUUAUCGGAAAAUGCUGUAUCUGGCAAGUGUAGUACUGGAUCUUCUGGCCGAUGCCAUUGUUCCAAAAGAAGGAAAUUAAGGCUGAAGAGGGUAGUUAGAGUUCCGGCAAUAAGCAUGAAGAUGGCAGAUAUACCACCUGAUGAUUACUCAUGGAGAAAAUAUGGACAGAAGCCAAUCAAAGGAUCUCCACACCCAAGGGGAUACUACAAGUGUAGUAGUGUAAGAGGAUGCCCAGCACGUAAACAUGUCGAGAGAGCUUUGGAUGAUCCAACAAUGCUGAUUGUUACGUACGAAGGCGAGCACAAUCAUUCCCUUUUAGUUGCAAAAACAAGUAGUCUCAUUUUAGAGUCUUCUUAGUUAGAACAAAUUAUAGUGAUAUUAUUAGUUAGAACAAAUUAUAGUGAUAUUAAAAUAGCUUUAUUUGCCCUGCAAAGAAGAAGGGUUUUCCGAUCGAUGUAAACUGGAGUAAUAUGUUUAGAACUAGUCGAGUCUGUCGAGUCUUUAGUUCUAUCUCGAAGGAGAUUAAGCAUCGUAAUUAACUAUUUAUAUUUAUUCCUUGCGAAACUGGACUUGCACUUCGUUUUCAAUGGGAUUUAAUUUUUAACAG